AUGCGUAGUAAGGACCGUGAGAGUAGAGGAGGAGUUGUCAUAGUCAAUGACCAGAACAGAAUAGUUGCUGUCGGAUACAAUGGGAUGCCGCGAGGAAUAGCAGAUAAGGAUCUGCCAUGGGCCUCUCAUCAUGAGGAUAAAGCUCAGGAAAAGCACAUGUAUAUGUGUCAUGCAACUAUCAACGCCAUUAUGAAUAAGAAUCAGCAUUCCGUCCGAGACUGCCGGAUAUACGCGACUGCCUUCCCAUGUUGCGAAUGUGCCAAAUUCAUAGUCCAAAGCGGCAUACGUCGGGUGGCAUAUGUAGCUGAUGAGCUGGAGGACGGGGCAGUUGAGGAUGUAAUGAGGGA